UUAUUGAUGUUGUGUGUUGUUUUCAAUGCCAUAUGUAAAGCACUUACAGCUGCAUAUGAAAGGUGCAAUAUAAAUACACUUAUUAUUAUUAUGAUUAUUAUCUUGAUACAUAGACACACAAUAACUGGUACAUUCAGUCCAACUGUUUUCCAUGUUUACCAAGGAAGAUUGUUUUAAGUUCAACAACAUUAAUGUCAGUCAGAGUGGAUGGAAUGUCUGUGUACUUUUAAGAUGUGUUUUAUUUCUGUUAUAUAACAAAGCUUUAAUAGUACUAUGUCUGUAUUUUAUUGCAUAGUUGUGUACUUUGGUCUCUCACCACCUUCAAACCUUGUCAAUAGAGAAAGAUCAAAAGAAACAUGUCACACCCUGAAUCUUUAACAAUGCUCGGUAAAAAAAGAAUAGCUUUGGAAUACUGGUAUUGUAUAGUAUAAAUUAAUACAGAUAUGCCAGUGACCUGCAGAAUAGGUUCAAGUGAUGUUGUGGCACUAUCUGGCCCAAUUCAUGAAUUAAAGUUGCAGUUGACUUUCACAACAAGUUUUCUCAAAAAAGAUUUAAUACAACAUUAUAUUUGGUACUCUGUUAUGUAACCACUUAUGGAGUGCUGUACAGAUUUAUAAUGCCACUUUACUUUUUACUAUUUAUUUUAUAUUUAAAAAAAAGCUAUUAUUACCUUGAGGCGUGGGUUUUAUACUCAUUAUUUUAAUCUGAUUUUUAAAAAGAGAAUGCGCCUUCCCGGCCGCCGUAGCAGCUCCGAUGUUUGCCUUGACCCGUUAGUUUCAUGAUUUUCCUUCCUACCGCCGCUGCAGCUCCCGGUUUCGUGCCCUCGCCUCUCUGCUCGUCGACAUGUCGGAGUUCAACGCGGUGCCCCCGCCCGGAUCCGAGGACCCUCUGGAAGCACAGGCAGUUCUCGGGAACGGAGCAGGUGCCAUCAUAAAAGAUGCGUUUGCGGAUGCGGUGCAAAGGGCCCGGCAGAUCGCAGCCAAAAUUGGGGGUGACGCUGGUCCUCCCAUGAACAACAACACUGCAUCGGAUGGCUUUGCAUUCACUGCACAGAAACGCCAGCUGGAGGAUGCAGAUGAACCGGAGAGCAAGAAGCUGGCUGGAGAGAGCGACUUGGAUUCAGCCAAUGCAUUGUCUAUUGGUGCACAGCUAGCUGCUCUUUCACAACAAAGGCCCGCCUCCAGCACAGAGGAGUACAGCGUCCCCGACAGCAUGGUGGGACUGAUUAUUGGCCGUGGAGGUGAACAUAUCAGUAAGAUUCAACAGGAGUCAAGUUGCAAGGUUCAGAUAGCGCCAGACAGCGGAGGCCUUCCAGACAGGUGUGUCACUCUCACAGGUUCCCAAGACUCCAUACAGAAUGCCAAGAGUCUGUUGGAUGAGAUCGUGUCACGAGGGAUGGGUACCCCCCCCUCCUCCUAUCACGAGUCCACCAACGGGGAGAACGGCACGAUGCACGAGAUGAUGAUCCCAGCUGGCAAGGCCGGCCUCGUCAUUGGCAAGGGAGGAGAGACCAUCAAACAGCUACAGGAGCGUGCAGGGGUGAAGAUGAUCCUGAUCCAGGAUGCCUCUCAGGGAGCCAACGUUGACAAGCCCCUGCGCAUUAUCGGAGAACCUUAUAAAGUCCAGCAAGCCCAGGAGAUGGUGCAGGAGAUUCUGAGGGAGAGAGACCACGGUGGCUUUAGUGAAAGAAGUGACUUUGGCUCCCGAAUGGGGGGAGGCAUGGAUGUGAGUAUCCCUGUACCAAGACACUCGGUCGGUGUGAUCAUCGGGCGCAAUGGAGAGAUGAUCAAGAAAAUCCAGAAUGAUGCUGGAGUUAGGAUACAGUUCAAACAAGAUGACGGGACUGGUCCAGAAAAAAUUGCCCACGUCAGCGGUCCCCCUGACCGCUGCGAGCACGCCGCACAGAUCAUCAACGAACUGCUGCAGAGCAUCAGGGUCAGGGAGGAGGGACAAGGGCCACAGGGUCCCCCGGGACCACCAGGCAUGCCGGCAGGCAACAGGGGCCGAGGCGGGGGUCAAGGCAGCUGGGGGUCCCCUGGAGGGGAAUUGACCUUCUCUAUCCCUGCCCACAAGUGUGGACUCGUGAUUGGCCGGGGAGGAGAGAACGUCAAGUCCAUCAACCAGCAGACGGGGGCCUUUGUGGAAAUCUCUCGACAGCCGCCCCCCAACGGAGACCCCAACUUCAAGAUUUUUAUCAUUCGAGGCUCCCCGCAGCAGAUCGACCACGCCAAGCAGCUCAUUGAGGAGAAGAUUGAGGGACCUUUGUGUCAUGUCAGCCCCGGGCCAGGUGGACCAGGUCCUGCUGGUCCAAUGGGCCCCUACAAUCCCAACCCAUACAACCCCAGACCGCCUGGGGCGCCCGGACCACCGCACGGUGGCCCUCCAGGUCCUCAGCAGUACAGCCCACAAGGCUGGAGCAACAGCUUCCAGCAGUGGCAGCCCCAGGCACCCCAUGACCCCAGCAAGGCAGCAGCCAAUGACCCCAAUGCAGCCUGGGCAGCCUACUACACUCAGUGCUACCAGCAGCCAUCGGGGGCUGUGCCGGCCCAGUGCCCCGCUGACCCAGCUGGCCCAGCUGGAAGUGCCCAAACUUCAGGGGACCAGACCCAGCCUGCCCAGCCUGCCCAGCCUGCCCAGGCGCCGGGGGGCCAGUCGGACUACACCAAGGCCUGGGGGGAGUACUACAAGAAGAUGGCCCAGGCAGGUGUCUCUGCUCCUGGGACAGCAGCUGCAGCGCCAGGAGCAGCAGGGGGGGCGGCAUCCCCACCGGGGGGGCAGCCGGACUACAGCGCAGCCUGGGCGGAGUACUACAAGCAGCAGGCUGCGUACUAUGGACAGACGGGACAGGCCCCCGGGCAGCAAGCCAACCCCCAGCAGGGACAGACGCAGUGAGAGUUCACGGCAGACGGGAGAGACACGGGGAGACGGGACGAGGAAGACCACCCGGACCUUGAGGCCAGGAUCACGCCUGU